AUGUGCCGUGGUGGUUGUGACAGGGUCAUGUAUGACGGCAGCAAUUGCUCAGUUGUAAACAGUGGUCCCUUGUACAUUGGUCCCCGUGAUAAAUUAUGCAUGUUGAAUGGCUCCUCUUGCAGCAACAUCAACCUUGCCCGGCGCCAGUCUUCUUCCUCUUCCUCCUCUUCUUCCACAAAAUGCUAUGUCUCCACAGCGGCCAAGCAGCCAGCUGACCAUCGUGUUCAACUCACAACUAAAGCAGCAGCUACGGCUACAGCAAGACGAAAGGGAAAAUCCCGAAACAGUAGUGUGCCAGUGCAUGGUAUGUUGCAACAGAGAGAAGGGAAAUCUAAGGCAGACCGUGGCGAUGGAGAUCUGUUCAUUGACAGUCGGAUGUCUUUUAAGGAUAGAGUUAAAUCAAAAUUUCACCUCAAGCAGUGCGAAGGCAAAGAGGACUCGAUUGAGGACCCCGAAGACCCAUACGCUUUUCCUGACCCCGUUGCCACUGAUGUGCCGAAAACCUCUACAAACUCAAGCAGUAGCAGCAUUGGUUUACUUGGAAAUGCUGCUGCUGCAUCUGCUGGGUCAACUAGCAGCAUCAGCAGCAUCAGUAGUUCUGGCGGCAGUAACAGUGGAAGUGGAGGUAUAUCUGCCUCUGGACAAUUGUCUGAAUCUCUGGCACCCCAUCAACCACUGCUACACCGGGCACGGUCCCCUGCUGAUGCUGGCAGCAAUGUUACCAGUUCGGGGACUGGCAUAUCCAUAGCCAAACUCUACCCAGAACUGGUUGAAAAACUUGAGGGUCGCAAGCCCCAAAAACCUGAGCAAAAACUCAAGAGCAAAGUGGACAGUUCACGGACAAUGAAUCGGCUACAAACAAAAAUAGCUCAGAAUAAAAUCAAAGAUAAGUUGAAGAAAACCCAGGAUUACCCUGUCACUGCCUCCCAGUGCUUAUCUUCAGCAUCAGUAGUUUCUCAGUCUUUGAAUCUCGGUGGGGUCGUUAACAGCGUAGUGGCUGCUACUUGCGGGGUCAGCGGUCAAGAACCUGUUUCCACUACUGCUUUCACCAAAUUUCCACUCUGCGUAGUGUCAUCUGUGGCCACUGCAGCCACACCAACAACACUGACUACCACUACUGCAGCCAUCAGCUCUGAUGGAUUCACUACAUCUAAGACGAGCGCAAAGUUGUCGUCAUCAUCAGUUGCGCCUGUACCAGCAGUGGUUCGAUCUCCUGAUUUCAACCCGGUUCUUAAGUCUGGCUCUCUUGUUACAGUACCAUCUUUGUCUCUGGCUUUCACCACCACCAUCACCACCACGUCUCCACUUCACAGUCUGUCUUCUCCAAACUUCGGUCUGCCAUCUUUGACUGUGUCAUCAACUUCAGAGCCAAAGGUUUCUCACAAACUGUCUUCUGUGUCUCCAUCGCCGACACCACCUCUAAGCUCUUCUCCACCUUCUGUCCUGAAGACUCAGUUGAAAUCCCCUUGUUCAACGGCAUCCACAGUAAAGACUGAGGCAUCUUGGCAAACAGCCCCAAUUAUGUUGUCUAAUUUUAGUACAUCCCCACAGCCUACUGAGCCUAAAUUUUCAGUAUUACACACUAAACCUAACAAACUGAACAUACUCAGUGAUAAAGAGGCAAAGGCCAAACUGAAAACUGACUCUGCUACAACAUUUUACAUGUACCAUCAGAAAAAAAAACUUCAAGAUCAUGAUUGGUUGGGUUGUGGCCUGAAUAGUUCUGAAGAAGAAGAAAACAGUGAAGAUGAAAGAUUACCUUGGCAGAAAGACUGGCUAGUGUUGUCAUCAGAUGAAGAAGUUAAAGAUGAAAACUUGUCUCCUCAGCUUCGAAGCACAAAGCUGGCCAUUCGUCGUACACAGCUGCGUCGUCGGUGUGUUCAAUCACGAGUAGCCGGCUGCUUCAAUGCCAAUGUUCAAGUUAAUAAAAAUAAAGCGACUCUAGCCUUAAUACAUGCCUUACGGGAUAAACCUCCCGCUGCUCUAAAAUCCCUGCACUUUGUACUAAAUAAACCUCAUAAGAGAUGGGAUCUGCAUAAAAUGCCAAGUGUAAGGAAGAGGUUCUGCUGUUACAAAAACGAGGAUGACCGUAAAUGCAACAAGAAGGCUCUCCCUUGCACUAACCACUGUAUCAAACAUAUCAUGUAUAAUGUUGAUCAACAGUUAUUUGAUUAUUGUACAGCCAAAUUUGCAGACAAUACCCAAUGCUGUGUUCCUGUUUUUGAUAUUAAACAUGAUUUGCCUCUCUGCCAAGAGCAUGCAGCUAAAGCUGACAAUUACCAAAAAAUACAAAAUACAGAGUCUAAGCAAAAACGACCUAGGAAAAAACCUAAGCCAGCUGCUCUUACAAGGCCACCUAAGAAAGGUAAAAAGAAAAAGAAGAAAACUCAACGCCGUAAUGUCCGUCCACAGGAACCUGUUCCUCCUGCUGAGACGCUCAAGAAUCCAGAGCCAGCUACUGCUGCUGCUGCUCUCUCAGACCCUGCUGCCAACACUGUCACCCUUGCUGCCAUGACAGCAGCCAAUGCUGCUGUUACAAAUACCUCAGAUGUUCUUGAGAGUACAAGCAUACUUCAAGACUCCUUUCUAACAGCAGCUGAUAAAUCGGUCAACAUGCUACCUAACUUGGUUCCAUCCUCAAAGCGGACGUCUAUUCAGCUUCAGUUACCCAUGGACCUUGCUCCUGUCUCAAGUAGUUCAGGUGUUGGAACAAGUACUGAACUCAACCACAUUGAUUUUAGUAAGCUUGGUAAAAACUUUCAGGACCUGGGAGCUGUAUUAGAUGAUGGCUUUUCACCUGAUUCUAUAGAAAAAUCAUUUGAGCUGCCUCUGGAUCAAGCCUCAAAAUUGUUAGAAGAACAGGAUUUUCAAGAAGUGUUUAACAAAAUGCCUGAUGCUUUUGAUAUAUUUGCUCCAGCUCGCAAUGGUGAAUAUGAUCCCUCAAAAGAAGAAUCGGAAGAUCUUGAGCGAGCACUUGCAGCAGCUUACAAAGACAUUCGAGAUGCUAAAGAAAAGCUUGAUAAGUUGGCUCGUGUUGGAGAUCAGUCAUCUCAACUCAUGGAUGUCAACGAUGAAGAAUGGACGAAGCACAUAACGGAUUCACUGUUGAACUCAGUCCCAACUAAUCCUGCAUCUGUCACUGCCACUCACUUGACUCCAGGGAACGGAUUAGCUUCAGAUAAUUUGAACGUCUUGGAUGGCACAGACCUAACUGCCAGCUCUUUGUCAUUGCCUGGGCAAGUCAUUAAUGCCUCAGUCGGUUCUAUUAGCAAUGCUGCCUCAAACGGAGGUACCACAGCUCUACCCUACAAUUGGAUAAACUUUAACCUUGGCUCUGUGUCCUCUUCCUUGUCUGACCCAUCUGUUUCUAACUGCAACAACUUGUUAAUCACCACCAAUAAUAACAGUAAACAGACGUCAUUAUUACACUCACAGUCUUUGCCUGCAGAAUUGGCCUUAUCAUCCUCACAGAUUUCAGCCAGUGUGUCACACACACUCCCUAUAUUUACAGGUCAUCUGCUUGAACAGUCGAACAAUACUGGCAACAAAUUCCAAACAAAUUCCCUUGGAUGGAACUACGCACUCUCUUGGGGAUCUUGCAGCUCAGCAAGCAUCUACAGAAUUGAAAAUCUCACCAUCUUUAUCACCAGCAGCGAGCAACCGGAAGCAAGCCAGCAAGUCACAUCUCGUGCUGCCCGAGGCCUACCUGCAAUCCACACUACUGUGUCACCAGCUGCAGCAGUGCUGUCCACCCACCCCAACAUAAACUCACAAUCCUCACCACAGAUGACCACGCCUAGUAUCCAAAUACCAUCCUCACAGCCUGCCACUCUCCAAACUUUACUUUCAAUGCAGAAUCGAUCUACGAGCAUAUGGCCAUCAGGGGACACCAACAGCAGCUACAACUUCUGGAAUUUCCAACUAUUUUAA